AUGAGGACGUUACCAUCACUGCAGCGUCUCAAAAGGGUCGGAGAUAGGGCGAAAUCUAAAAAGGCUACUACGGAUGCGUCCACCAAAGAAGCCACAGCACCGGGUAACGAGACGGUGCCCUCUGCUACUAAGACCGUUCAAAAUCCUCCGCCAGAAGCAGGGCCAAGUGUUGUUCCCCCUGCACCAGAAAAUGGCAAAGGCCCCCUUGAUGGAGAGGCAAUCACCAUACCCCCUCAACUGUUCGAGGGAGAUAAGCUCGGCCUCGAUGGCUUAUCUGGUGCAGCUGAGGAAAUUGCGAGAAGGCGUGGUCGCAGAGGGAUGGCCACAGCCCUCGAGGAGAUGAAUUUGGUUGCCACCAAGUGCGGGGCGCACCGGGUUGGCGUGGCGGGUUUGAGGAGGCUCGAUCAGGACAGGCCAAUUAAAGCCAAGUGGUUUAAGCUACUCUUGAUAAAGGACCCGAAGAAGACCAUGCACGAGGCAAUGGUGAAGGUCCUAACAAGGCGACGUACUCGCUAUCUUUGCCAGGGGCCCAGUGAAGAAGAUCCCAUACCUGAUGUACCGGACGAGUACAUGGGUAUUGAGCUCGAGGAUGCUGAUGAAGCCACCGAGGAGGACGUUGCUGACACCGGCCACUCUGGAGUGCAAAGAAAUGCCGAGGACGCUUCUCAGAACCCUCCUCCAGGCCAUGAUGCUGUGCUAUUGGAGGAGCAGUCGAGCGAGUUCCCGCUAUAUUCCAUGAUUAGCGGAAUUCUAAGAAGUCGUGCGGGCGUGCACAGUAUUGAGAUAGUGAGAAAUCUAGAGAAUGACCUUCUCGAUGCAAUGAGGACGCAUAAUGUGAAGGUUAAUCAGCAUCUGAUAAACAAGAUUAACGGACUUCGUGAGGAGAUGCAAUGUCGGGAAGCUCAAAGUCUGAAAGACUACGGUGAUUCUCUGACUUUCGAGCCUGAAAUCCAUGAUGAACUGGUUACUUUGGAGAAGGAGAAUGCUCGGCUGAGGGAAAGACAACAGAUUACCGUGUCCCCCUGGUUCCUCAAGGAGCAUCAAGUGCUAGCCCGAGUUCAGCACAUGAAUAUGACCUAA